AUGCGGCGCACAACUCCUUCGCCGUGCGCAGUGGCUUUCGCUGCCACCACAGCUGUGCUGCACCUUUCGUUGCUCCCUGCGCUCGCUGCUUCUGCCGGCGGAAAUGCACUCAUUGGAACAAUAAGCAACUCAUUUGAUUCUUUGCGUGAGGAGAAGCCCAUCGUUCCUGCUGCGGGCGCUGCAGAAGCACCCUUGGUUCCAUCUGCCGCUUCAUUGCCGCUCCCUCUAGGCCGUCGUAGGGCAUCCGCGGCUCUCCUCCCCCUCUUAACCAAGACGGCAGGUUUAGUGCUGUCAGUCACAGCUGUCAUAUUUUUAGCUGUCAGUUGCGCCCGAUCUCGGCGGGAUUCUCUGCGUUUCCCCCCCUCCUGGGGGAUCCGUAAUCGCUCCCUAGCCGCUGGAGAUUCUUCUUGUAAUCCAUCAGGAGAUGCGGAGGACCGUGGAACCCCUGAGGUGCCUGGUGAUGGGGAAGGUACUGAGGCCUCCGAAGCAGAAACAGCCACUGCUACAGCAGCUGGCGCCGAUGGCAUAGCUGCUGCUGGCACAGCUGCUGUGGCUCGGCGGCGAUCUGCAUUGGAGAUGCAGCAACGUAUUUUGGGCAUCGGCCGGAAUGAUAUGGUGGGGUUAACGGGGGAAGAGAUGACGCUGAUUCAGAAUGGUCGCGAGAGGCUGGAUCACAUUGUGGAGGUUAUGCAUGCGCAUGAGACGCGGCUUGAGGAGGCUCGGCGGGCAAUGCAAGCUGCGGACAGGGGAGUGGAGGACUUGGAGGAGGUCAUGGAGCGUAUGCAUGUAGACGAGAACGCAAUGGAGACUGCGAUCGCUCGUCGUAGUACAAAGCGAAAAGAAUUCGAACGGGUGGAGGAAGUGGUGAAGAAUUUCAAGGCCUCUGUGCGGAGCAGAUUGUGGGAUACAUCGCAAGACAUGGAAGCGCUGGCACGUUAUGCAUCCACUUACGAGAAGCGGUAUAUGCAGCCGGCAGGUGCACGGGCCUUAGUUGCUGCGGAGCGAGUGUUGGAGCUGAGCGUGCCUAGGACCGAGCCGUUGAACCCAACUGAAUUGGAUCGUACGGAGCAGAUGAUCAGUUGGUACCACCGACUGCUGGAUGUCGAGAAGGUGCGGCAGCAGCAACAAGGGGACCCCCGAAACCCAGAACCUCGUGUGGUGGAACUUAUCAGAGACGCCCACGCUUUCUCCGACUUGUUGAGCAACGCUGGAUUGCCCGCUGAGGGACUACGCAUGUGCGAGGCUGCAGAUGCCGUUCACGCGGCCCUGUUUAGCACCGGCGUACACACGCAUUCAGAAGGAACAGGAACAAUAGUAGUGAGACCGAAAGUUCGAAAGUCCGUAAGCUUCGGACCCCUGCCACAAUCUCGGGCGGCCAGCAGGUCGCGCUCCGCUCGGUCACCGCAGAAACCGGGGCAAGGAGAGUUCAUUGCUAGGCCACUGGUCAGACAGACUAUCCAGUUUGCGGGUGAUCCUGCACAACAUAUUUUUGACUUGAAUCGGCGGAUCCAUGGAGGAACAGCAGCUCCACCAGCAGCAGGACCAGUCCCUUCCGGCUUCCCCGCACCUAAGCAAGCACUAGCAGCCGCUUCAGCAACAGCAAGAGCAGAGCCAGCAGCAGCAGCACGGCCCAGACCAGUACCAACAGCAGCAGCAGCAGCAGCACUAGCAGCAACAACAAAAGCAGCAACAGCGGCAGCUUCAGCACAAGCAGGACUCCAGCCCCCUCCUCUCCCCGAUAAGGGGAUGAGUGGCAAGGAGAUUUCGUCUGGCUCCUAUGUGGCAGAAGCGGCAGCAACAAUGGCAGAACCAGGCGGUGCUGCUGCGCAUGUCCCCGGUGCAGGAGACGUAUCUAGAGAGCAAGCGUUUAAGCAGACGCUGGAUCUAUUGGAGGAGAUGAUGAGCAAAAUAAAUCUGCAUCUAACGAAUAGCUGGCAGGAACUUUUGGGUGCUUUACCCUCACCAGGAGAAGUACUGAACUGGCCAAAAACGGAAGCUGCACUGCGGCGAGCAGCAAGAAUUGUAGGCGAUGCGCGGAAGAUAAAAGUACAUCGGGCAGUUAGAGCCUCCACUAAGACUGCCUUCAUUGAUUGCUUGGCAAAGUGUCGAGAUGCCGGUAUGGCUUUGAUGGACAAUGUGGAUGGUUUUUGGGCUGCUCAAAUACAAGUGGAGGAAGAAAGAGUUCGAAAAGGGACCGCCAAACUGAAGGAAAUUGCAGGGGGCGCCGAUCCAUCGGUGAUCCCAUAUCCCGUGGAUAAUCUUCUCCCUGCGAUUAUGCAGUUGAACACGGACCUCGGGAGAGCAGGGGCAUAUUCCAGUGUUGUUGACGAUACUGUAAGUGGGUUUGAGUAUUCACCGCGGCGUGUCACUGAGAGUCUUGCGUCCCUUAGUCGCACUGUGACCGAGUCCGUAGCGCAAAUGAAGGAAGUUGGUGGCCUCUGCGCUCACAGAUGGAUUCACUGCAUCCAUGUAGAGUGGCAAAAGUUCCAGAAUGCUUUUUCUAGUCGCGAUCCAACACAAGAUUGGGAGGAGAAGCGCCAGAAGGCAUUCAGGGAGGUCAUCAUUAAAGCAGAAAAUGUGGCAGAAAGCCUUGAGAAAAUCGUCGGCAGUCUCCAUUCUGUACAGGCCUUGAAGGAGGUCUUGAGGCAAGGCAGGGACAAACUUGAUUCACCAGGUGAUCAGAAGGAGGAGGGGGAGGAGCAGUAG